UAAUCUAUAUUCUCAUUCCUUGGCAACACCUAAGGGUCAGUUUUUAGUAGAUCUUUUAGCCAAAUUUCUUUUAGAUUUUGACAGCUCUCAAGCUAAAGGGUGAGCCAUGGCCCCGAGAAAAAACAAAGUUGCUAAAGAGGAGGUCCAGGUGACCCUUGGGCCCCAGCAUUUAGUGGGCGAAACAGUGUUUGGUGUAGCACACAUUUUCGCUUCAUUCAAUGACACAUUCGUUCAUGUUACUGAUUUAUCCGGCCGGGAAACUAUCGCCCGUGUCACUGGUGGCAUGAAGGUGAAGGCUGACCGUGAUGAAGCGUCACCCUACGCUGCUAUGUUGGCGGCACAGGAUGUAGCAGAGAAAUGCAAAACUCUUGGCAUAACGGCCUUGCACAUAAAGCUCCGUGCUACUGGUGGAAACAAAACAAAGACCCCUGGUCCUGGUGCUCAGUCUGCACUUCGGGCUCUUGCUCGUUCAAGUAUGAAGAUUGGCCGCAUUGAAGAUGUCACCCCCGUACCAUCAGACUCGACCCGUAGGAAGGGUGGCCGAAGAGGACGCAGGCUGUAAUCUGCUUUUAGGUUAAGUUCAAUGUGGACUUUCAAUAAAGAAGUUUACACAACAAA